AUGCUCACGUGGACAACUCAGAACGUCGAGUUCCUGAACAACCCCGCCCGAUUCCUCGAUCCAUACCACUUCCGUGUAACAUUCGAGUGCAUAGCUCCCCUUCCAGAAGAUCUGGAGUGGCGGCUCAUAUACGUCGCCUCCCCCGGCAACGAGGAACUCGACCAAGAACUCGAUGACUGCUUGGUCGGACCUGUCCCAGUGGGCGUAAAUGCGUUCGAGUUCGAGGGCUCGGCACCAAACCCGUCCAAAAUUCCUCCAGAAGAUGUGAUGGGCGUCGCCGCCCUUAUUCUCACCGGGUCGUACAAGGAGCAAGAGUUCGUGCGCGUUGGCUACUACCAGAACACGGAGUACGACAACGAGGAGAUGAAGGACGCACUGCCAGAACCCAUCAGGUUCGAGCGGUUGGUCCGAGACAUCAACCAGAAGCCGAGGGUGACAAGGUUCCAAAUUAAGUGGGAUGUGGCACCUCCCCAGGCAAAUUCUGCAGUGGCGGCUGGCGCAGCAAAUUCUGCUGCAGUACCUUCGGCCGACGACAUGGACGAUGACAUGGACGGCACCUCAUGA